UCCAGGAAAGAAAUGUGGAACUAUUAUCCUGACUGCAGAGGAGCUGAGCAACUGUCGAGAUAGUGGCACCAUGCAGUUUUGUGCCAACAAGCUGGACAAAAAGGACUUCUUUGGCAAGUCGGACCCUUUCAUGGUUUUCUACAGAAGCAACGAGGAUGGAACGUUUACUAUCUGCCACAAAACAGAGGUGGUGAAGAACACAUUAAAUCCAGUGUGGCAGCCUUUUACCAUCCCAGUACGAGCACUCUGCAAUGGAGAUUAUGACAGAACAAUCAAAGUGGAGGUGUAUGACUGGGAUAGGGAUGGAAGCCACGAUUUCAUUGGGGAUUUUACCACCAGCUACCGAGAGCUAGCUCGAGGGCAGAGCCAGUUCAAUGUGUAUGAGGUGAUUAACACCAAAAAGAAAAUGAAGAAAAAGAAAUAUGUCAACUCUGGAACAGUGACCCUGCUUUCCUUCUCAGUGGAGUCGGAGUUCACCUUCUUAGAUUACAUUAAAGGAGGGACUCAGAUCAAUUUCACUGUGGCCAUUGAUUUCACAGCAUCUAACGGUAACCCCUCCCAGUCCACUUCACUGCACUACAUGAAUCCCUACCAGCUAAAUGCUUACGCCAUGGCCUUGAAGGCUGUUGGGGAGAUCAUUCAAGACUACGACAGUGACAAGAUGUUCCCGGCUUUAGGCUUUGGUGCCAAACUGCCGCCCGAUUGGCGGGUGUCACAUGAGUUCCCACUGAAUGGAAACAUUGAAAAUCCAUACUGCAAUGGUAUUGAAGGCAUCUUAGAGGCAUACCAUCAGAGUCUAAAGACAGUGCAGCUGUAUGGGCCGACAAACUUUGCUCCUGUGGUGAACCACGUUGCCAGAUACGCAGCGGCGGUGCAGGACGGCUCUCAGUACUUUGUGCUCCUCAUCAUCACAGACGGCGUCAUUUCAGACAUGGCCCAGACCAAAGAGGCCAUUGUAAAUGGUGCCAAGCUUCCUAUGUCAAUCAUCAUAGUCGGAGUGGGUCAGGCUGAGUUUGACGCUAUGGUGGAGCUGGAUGGUGAUGACAUCAGGAUCUCAUCCCGGGGGAAACUGGCAGAGCGAGACAUAGUUCAGUUUGUUCCUUUCAGAGAUUAUAUGGACCGGACAGGUAACCACGUACUAAGCAUGGCACGACUUGCUAAAGAUGUGCUAGCAGAGAUCCCUGACCAGUUCAUCUCUUACAUGAAGAGCCGGGGAAUCAAACCCAACCCGGCGCCACCUCCUUACACACCGCCGGGACACACACAUCACCACACUCAGAUCUGAUGCCCUCCUCUUUGGCUUUUCACUGAGGACUGACAAUAAUCAGCAGCUUCUCAGAGUCCAGUGGAAACUCUCUGCCUCCUGUUUUUUUUUUUUUUUUUUUGUGCAAAAGGAGAAGGGGCACCACGAAACGGGUGUUGAAUUUUGUGCUGUACACUCCAACGACUCUUGGAGUAGUACUUUCUGUUUUCCUGUGAUAUAUUCCUCUGUUUGGUUUCUCUUGAAGAGAAACUACAAACCUUUCAGGACUCGUGGGUAAAAGCCUUUUAGGCUGUGACUGUUUCAUGUCCAAUAUGACAGCAGGUUGGUUAAAAACGAUCAUGUUGUGGUUAAAACUUGUGCCUGUUUGUGGUUGUUUCUCUAAGUGUAUCAGGACAUGUGAACUUUAACCUGAACCUUGCUCGUCAGUCACUGGUGUGGCCUAAUACAGUGAAAUUUUUUAGGCACCUUUUUCCCUUCUGGAAUAAGUUUUUAUAUUUGGGAAUAUUUCUGUAUCUGCUGAUGCAACCGUUAUGAAGAAAGAAAAGCCGUAAGAGUGUCGUUUACAAUUUAUUACCCUGAAGAUUAAUCAGGCUUGUCAUACCAUGACACUUCACCACCUGUCCUUCAGAGAUUUAGCGAGUAAAUGUUUAUAAGAGCAUGUCAUAUAAGAGUUUAAGGCACAUAAUCCAGUAUUUAUUCUCAAAUGUUAUUCAGAGUGGCAUGGACCUUUGAUAGAUUGUUUUAACACCAUAAAAAUCUACCCAUUUUGAAGUGGUCAACAGUUACUUUAAGUGAGUUGGAUUGAAAAGCACAACCUGACUACACACAAGUGUAAGAAUUAUGAAGAUAAAAGGUUAACCCCACUUAAUCAUUCUGCUGCUAUUCAUUGUGUUUGAAGAAACUACAACUGAGAUACUUUUGCACCACAAUCAAAGGUGCAUGUAACUUUCUACACACAAGUUUUAAUACAGAGGCUUGUUCACCACAGGAUGUGUUGCACAUGAAGAGCAUUAACUACAGCCCCAUUUCCAAAAAAAUUGGGAAGCUGCAUAAACUGCUAAUAAAAACAGAUUGUUGUGAUUUCUAAAUCAUUUACAGUAAUCCCUAGAUUUACUUGAAAGUGCUACAAACAGAUAACAUGUCUGUUGAAAGAGACAAAUCAUUUUUUGGGGGGAAAAAUAUUUCUUCUUUUUGAAUUUCAUGCCAGCAACAGUCUUCAAAAACUUUGUGUCAGCGCCAAGAAAAAAAUGGGUAAGUUGUGUUGAGGCUGAGUCUUUCAGUGCGACUGCUCUUCUUCAUUCUGUGUCGGCAAAGAGUUUCACAAUUGAAGAAGGUCUCUCCCGGUAAAUAAAAAAAUAUUGGGAUUUCAUUAUCUUCCAUAUAUAAUAUUGUAAUGUCUGGAGAAAUCUCUGUAACACAAGAACAAGGCUGACACCCAAUGUUGUAUGACAACCAUGAAGUUCAACUGCCUCAAACGCCCUUUAUUUAAAAACAGACACAAUUCUGCAGAAAGAAUUACAGACUGAGAUCAGCAAAACUGUAAAACCCAGGAAAGAUGAUGUAAUGCUUUGGAUUAGAUGUAUGGUAAUCCCUUUGUUUUAAUAUUUCCUGAGCAAUCUUCAAACAUUGCAUCUUUCUCCUGCCUUAACAGAUGCUGCAUGAGCUCAUAGCUAAUUUGCAUGCGGUUACAGAAUGUAAGUACCAAGGCCAUUUCUCAGUUGUUACUGCUUAUCCCAUAUUUAAAACCUAACAAAAUGUGCUUUCAAUAAAAAAAGAAAUGAAAGUUCAAAGAAAUGCAGCUGUUAAACUGUCAGAGCGUGGUGAAGCAGAACACGUGACUCUGAAUGUUUAAAUUGCAAUUUUGUACAUGUUUGUCCAUAUAGCAGAAUAGUCACACCCCUAAACAUGCCCCUUUUUCUUUUUUCUUUUAUAUAUUGCUGGCAUUGAAUCCAAAU